UCGUGAGACUGUAGACUAGUGAGACGCGUUGCGAGUUGCGAGUCGAGUGCGAGUACUGCGAGUCAGUUCAGUCUGCGACUGCAACGUGAGUCGUACGGAUGGGGUGUUAUUCGUUUUCCAUCACGCUUCACCUCAUAAUCGUUCUUUGACGUGUUGACAGUUCUUCCGCACUGUUCAGUCCUGAUAGAAGGUACAAAAUUUAGAUACGGACCGUUCCUGGAGAUAAGAAAGUUGAUUGGAGGAAGCAAAAGAAAAGGACCAAUAAUGACGAUAAAAAAGAUUUGCUGUAUCGGAGCCGGCUACGUUGGAGGACCGACAUGCAGUGUAAUCGCUCUUAAAUGCCCUGAAAUUCAAGUGACCGUUGUGGAUAAAAGUAGAGAGAGAAUAGCCCAGUGGAAUUCAGAAAAACUGCCUAUUUACGAGCCACGUCUGGACGAAGUUGUGCAAAAAACUCGUGGCAAAAACUUGUUUUUCUCCACGGACAUUGACACAGCCAUAGAGGAAGCUGAUCUUAUAUUCAUAUCAGUAAACACACCAACUAAAACCUUUGGCAAUGGCAAAGGUAGAGCAGCCGAUCUCAAAUACGUUGAGAGCGCUGCUCGAAUGAUCGCCGAAAUUGCGACCAGUGAUAAAAUCGUCGUAGAAAAAAGUACAGUUCCUGUUAGAGCCGCUGAACGUAUUAUGGAUAUCUUACGAGCGAACCACAAACCUGGCGUUUCUUAUCAGAUACUCUCGAAUCCUGAAUUUCUGGCCGAGGGGACUGCCAUCGAAGAUCUGAUGGAGGCCGAUCGAGUGCUGAUAGGCGGUGAAGAUUCUCCGAGUGGCAAUGCCGCUAUCGAGGAACUUUGUAAAGUUUAUGAACACUGGAUACCAAGAAAAAACAUAUUGACCACAAACACUUGGAGUUCGGAACUUUCGAAAUUGGCUGCCAACGCGUUUUUGGCUCAACGCAUAUCAAGCAUAAAUUCAUUGUCAGCUGUGUGCGAAGCGACAGGUGCCGAUGUUUCGGAGGUAGCUCGUGCGGUCGGUUUGGAUUCGCGAAUAGGCUCUAAAUUUCUUCAAGCUUCGGUCGGUUUCGGUGGCUCGUGUUUUCAGAAAGAUAUUUUAAAUCUCGUUUACAUGUGCGAGGGACUUAAUUUACCAGAAGUUGCCGCUUACUGGCAACAAGUUAUUGACAUGAACGAGUACCAAAAGUCACGAUUUUCUGCGAAAAUCGUCGAAUCUCUGUUCAACACCGUCACCGACAAACACAUUGCGAUGCUUGGAUUCGCAUUCAAAAAGAAUACCGGCGACACUCGCGAUUCCCCGGCUAUCCACGUCGCCAAAACGCUUCUCGAUGAAGGCGCCGUUCUACACAUCUAUGACCCUAAGGUUGAAGAGGCUCAGAUCAUGACGGAUCUGUCGGUACCCGAAUUUUCGAAUCUAGCGAACCAGAUCAGCGUUUAUAAAGACGCAUAUUCCGCGACUAGAGAUACUCAUGCUAUAGUCGUCUGUACCGAAUGGGACGAAUUUAUGGAAUUGGAUUACAAGAAGAUUUACAAGGAAAUGAAAAAACCGGCGUACAUUUUCGAUGGCAGAAAAAUUCUUCAGCACGGUCGUUUACAAUCAAUUGGUUUCAUAGUGCAGACGAUCGGUAAAAUGCUUUCGAGAAACGUUAUUUCGAGGGCGUGGGGAAGCCAAACGCAGAUUUAAUAUCUCCAAUAUAAUAGUUAAGAAAGAUACGUUAUUUUAUACACAGAUGUGCGUAAUUGUUGAUACAUGUACGUACAAAAAUCACGUACAUAAUAGCCCAGUCAAAGAAAUUGACGUGCCCAAGAUGGGACUAACUUUUAAUCGUGGAUCAUUUUAUACACGGGAUCUUAUCUUAAAACAUUCCUCAAGUGCGAUACCAGUUUUGAAAUCCGUGUAGCCGACGAGAUAUUGAAAAAAUUUAGCUCUUUAGUGCCCAUCUCAUAUGUCCGAAUCAAGAUUUAUUAUCUUUAUACAGUUCUAAAAAAGUCUACCGUUGAAGGUCUUAGUGAUCAAAUUUAACCACGGAAUUAAUGAGAAACGGGAAAAUCAUGAAAGUGAUAAAACAAGAAAGUUUUUUUUAGAGUUUUCCGAAGAGAAGCAAUUUUUCAUUGAUGUUCAAAUUUGACGGAAAUUCGUACGAUAGUAUGAUGAAUGAGCGCUCGUUGUAACUUUUAUUUAAAGAAUGGUUCCGAAAUACAUUUCUAGCUAAUUAAUUCUAUGAGAAUUUUAGCACUGCGCAAUUCGAUAAUAAGACGAACGCGUCUACUAAGCUAAUUUUGCUGAAGAAUUGCGUGGAUUGAUUUUUGAAAAUCAUAAAAUGAAAGAAUCGUCAGAGCUUUACUUUUUUUGUAAGAUGAAAAUCAUUUUUUACUUUCUAUACAUAUUUUUGAACGUAACCACGAUUAUUUUUCGAACUCCCUCCAAAUUUUUUUUCGCCUUUUUAUUUUUAUGGUAGUUUAUUUACGUAACUGUACACUCGGUGGUAAAAAAAUUCGAUGGCCUCGAUGUCCAAUCUCUUUACGAAAAAUAUUUUACAUGCACUAUUUCCAUGCAUUUUUUCGUGCGAGUUUCUAAAAUAGGACUCGAGAAGAGAGACUUAUUCGAAAUAGUGAAUCUGUUUGCAUAUAUUUUUUGUUCUAUUUUUUAUUUGGAACGAUGCUCGAGUUUAAUUAUCGAAUUGUGAUAUUUACAGCUGUCCAAAAAUAGUUCAUUUAUUUAUAGUUUGAAUUAUCGUCGAAUCGCAAAUUUUAUUUGGUCACAAGGUUUAGCUAGAACUGUAUGUUCAAAAUGAAGCGUUCUUACGUAUCGUUAUUCUACGUGCGAUAACGAAAAUACAUUUCCGUUUAACGAUUUUAUUAAAAAAUACGACAAAAUGACAAUAUCUCUCACGAGUUCUGUGGGAUAAAUCGUAUCAAUUUCAUCAAGUAUUACAUCUAACCUUAAAUUACUUCAUUUAAUAAUAAUAUUGAUAAUCAUUUCAAACAUUCGGUACAAUGUUUACGGAAAAUCUCCUAAUUGUGUACGUAUUUUUUUUUUUUUUUUUUUUCAAAUUUCAUCUAUAGCUAGACGAUAGAAUAUAGCUAUAAAUAUGAAAUCCUAUUUUUCGAGAUUAUUAUAGAGUUAAAAUGUGGUGCUAGUGAUAAUUGUAAAUAAACAAAUGUAUAAUUCAUGAGGCAUUAUUCGUUAAGCCGGUGUUCGUUCGAUACGUACAGGAAUUAUGAGAAAGAUUUGGAAAAUGUAAACUCGUUUCUUCAAAUACUUUACAUGAUGAAAUAAUGCCUUGGCAAUUCAACUUUGCAUGAUGAAAAAGUCAUGAACUAAACACGUUAAAUCGCCUAUAUAAGAGCAUUUAUCAUACUUUAGGACUUGUCGAAAAGUGCAAGAGAAUAAGCAAGAUGAAAAAUGAAUUCCUCCUCUUGCUUAUGCAGCGUGCUUGUGGAGCACUUGAAUUUUCUCCAAUCAUUUUAUUUCACAAAUAUUCCAGUACUUAGCGUUUUUCAAAUAAACAUCUUUUAAAAAUUCAGCAAUCGACAUAUACGGUCCAUCCAUAUUCCGUACGUUGGAUUAUAUCUUUCUAAUUUUUUCACUAAGAAUCAAUUGCAGGGCUGCUGAUAUGUAAUUGAAGUAUCCUCCAUGCCAAAUCGACCCAGUGUGUCAUUGCAAAUUACCAAACUUUUCUGUAAUGAUAGAAAUAAAUUUACUGCUUAUCCGCUGAAAUAUAUUCUGUUCGAAUAACAUACUCAAAAGUUUUUCGAAUGGCUGUUACUGAAAGUCAAGUUUUUUGAGGGGCUGAGAUUAGCUGAAUUUUUCAAGAUUUGUUUUUGCAAAAUUUUGCCAUUUUUAUGAAACAUAAUUAUUGUCUAAUAACCAUCCAGAAUUCAUGAUUGAGAGCAAGCUUAGAUUAAAUUAGCAAGAAAAAUUUUGCUUUCGCUUCAAACCUAUAUACGAGAGCUAUAGGAAAAUGACAUUUUUAGAUCUGUCCACAAAGUUGCGCAGAACACAAAAUAUUGUAGAUUAUUACUUCUUUUCAUAAGUCUUUAUUACAUAAGAACAAACACAUUUGUAGUCCUGAAUGAAGUAGGCAGGUUUAUAGUGAUUACCGUAAUACUCUGUUGAAUUUCCCAAAUUGGGAAACAUCACUUAUAUUAUUAUAACCCAGAACAGACGUCACAUCGGAAUUUUAUUGCACUCACUGAAAAUUUGCCAUGUAUUUCUUAUCUUGAGAUUCUAGUUUAAUAUACCAACAAGCAUAAAGUUGUAAUCCGUUACAAAAUUACCCAGGUCACCAAAAGCGUUACAUUAAAUUUAUAAAAAAUCAAAAAUCGUUUUUCAUUUUCAUUUCACAAUGAAAUUUGUUGAUUGCACUUUGUACGAAUGUAGCCAAUUAAACCUGAUAUCAGAACGAUUUGUUGAUUUUUCCCAGGCUAAUUCUUAGUUAAAUUUUCAUGUUUUCCAUAAAGCUGAUUGGUAUCUCAAAUUCUUAUUGUAAUGAAAAGUUAUUGAUAUCAUUCUGGGAAGCAAUUUUCAAAAAAGUUGUCUCAAAGUUUUAUGGAGUGUGUCUUAACAUUUGUCUAGUAUAUUAUAAACACCUCUUAUCUUUGGAACUCCAGUGGAAAAUAAAAAAAUCAGUGAAGUGAUAAGUUUUAGACAUAUUGCAUCUCGAGAAACGAUGAAAAAAAUUCAAAGAAAUACAUUUAGAGAUUGAGCUAGUAUUUCAUAUGUUUGGAAAGGUUUUGGUCGUAACAAAGAGAAAAUGAUGAUAUAAAAUUGACUGGAGAUCAGAGUUGAGAAACGAUUUUGAAUUUAAUAAAUUAAAAAAAAUUAACAUGUACCUAAAAUUCACCCUAUGGAUAAAUGGUACUCAUCUUUCACCAAUUUUUGCCAUCUAGUUCCAUGCACCUCUGAUAUUUAAUCAACUGCCCAUGAAAUUUUAACGAUUCGAUGCUUUGUUUCGAAAUUAAGAUAUAAAACAUCUUUUUGGAGCUGCUUCAGAAAACCUUUGAUGGGAAAGCACUGUUGAAAAUAAAACUACUCCGAGAUAUUUUUACAGCCAAAAUUGUUCAGUGAAUUGCCCCCAAAAAUCGCCAUUGUCAUUCCGUUAUAAGAUCUCACAAAGAAAUAAAUACUGCAUGUUGUGCGUCUGAAAGAUUCUCUCAUUUUGUUCUUAAUUUUCAUUUCGAAUUAUUAAUUUUGUAAAUUGGAAGAAGCAACAUGCGUUUCAUACAAUUGAAAUUCGUAAUUGCAGUUUUUGUUUCCACACCUCCGUUGCUAUAGUGGUUAUUCGAAUGUCUAAAUGUACUGAGAGAAUUGAAUAUAUGAAAUAUGAGAAUA